GAUGGCAACUAUAGAAACGAACAAAAUCUGGUGGCGCUUAAAAGCAACUCUGAUUUUGACAUAAGCAAAGCAAAAACAAUUUCAUCGCUAUAACUGAUUUCAAAAAGCAAAUUUAUUAAGUUGGCGCCUAUACGGUGGAUUUCUUUUCUAAAAAGAUUUGAGUAUAUUGAAGAAAACAAAUCGUAAAUACGAUCAUAAAAAUGGCAAAUAUUUGGCAUGAUAAGCGCACCUUUGUGGACGAGAACAAAUUUGUAUCAGCAAAACUACAGCAGACUCAUCCAAGAGUACAUUCUGUAAAAAAGAAGCAGGUUUUUGGCGAGUUGAAAAAUGUAAUGCACAAUCAAAUGGGCAUAACUCCGCUAAAAGGUGGUUUAAAAGAAAAUCAAUUGGAUACAUUUAAAAACAGUAUAGCAAAAAAACGUUUGUGCAUUCAGAAUGACGUAAAGAAAUUUUCAGUAGAUCCUAUUGAACUAUUCGACUUGUUUGAUUUUCCAAAAGCAUGUUGUACAAAAAGUUGCGGCAAAAGUAAUGCAGAAAUAUGGUCAGAAUAUAAUGGUAUUGAUGAAGUUGCCUUGUUAAAGGUAGUGGAGAGAAUAAGAAACGGUGCACCCCUCAGAGAUUCAGAUGAAGCGUCGAAUAGCGAUGCUGAGGAUUUUUGUGAGCCUAAAGAGGAUGAAAGCAAUUCGCUAGCAAAAUACGAGAAACCUUAUUUGUAUUUGGAAGAUUUCAGCAAAGAUGAUUUCACAUCGUGCUCUAUCGAACUUCCAAAAUUUGAUUUUGGUAAUGAUUUACUUUUGAAAUGCUAAAUUUAUAAUAUAAUAAUUUGUAGCAGGCAAAUCACAAAUUCAGAAUAUAUUUUAAAUGUAUUUUAAUCGUUAUAUGUAUUCAUGUAAAAUAGUUGUUAAAUUAAAUUAUAUCUAGUUACGUAAAUAAAUAAAUAUCAAUAUAAAUGUGCGUUCCAGUAUUUUAUAAUAAUAAGGAUAACGAUAGCUCGUAUUAACAAUUCUGUUGUAAAAUACACAUAAUAAUCAUAAAUAGUUCAAUAUUGAGUUAUUUUGUAUGUUUUGUGAAGCAUGCGAGUUCGCAGAAAUAAAUUGUAUUGUCAAUUAUGUUAAAAUUUCUAGCUAUACAUACAUAGGUACCUCGAAAAUACAACCAAAUGUAUGGACUUUCGUUGCGGAUUUAAAAUAUUAAAAAUAUUGUCCAUUUGUAUUAACUAAUAACUUUUAUACUAUUCGUAUGGUAAAUAACAAAUAUUUAGUACAUUUGGCAAAGUGAUAAUUGAAAGACAAAAGAAGUUUUUAAACUGAUGUUUACAAAUUUGCAAAUCUAGCUACCUUUUCUUACUAGAAAUAACAUAAAUUAUUUAAGAUUUUUAUUUGGUUUUUAUAAUGAUUACAAAUGUGAUUCGUUGAUUCUGUUGCUUGAAUAUGUGAAAUUUUAUGCUUUUCUAUUGUCUUUCAUACACCCCAUACCAACUAAUUGAGAUAAGCAAACGAGUUAUCAACCAAACUUAUGUUUACUUGUAUUAAUGCAAAUACAAUUACAAUUUAAAGAAAAUCUA